GCGUCUUUCAGCAGGAGCGCUGCUGCGCGUCUCUUCUCUCAAGAAUGGAAGAUGUGUGUGACCAUCUCAUCAUAAACUCGGCAUCUGGUGGGCAUCACAGCGCCCGGUGGAUUCGACUCUUGGCCGGGUCUCCGUUAACUGGCACGUUUUCCCUUUGGUUCUUUGAUUUCGUGAAAGCGGCAGGUGAUUCUUUCAUUCUCUGACAAACAGACGGGGCCCUCCCUUUACGCCAAGAGAGCAACAGCAACUCAUCAACAACUCGGCAUCGUCACACCAAGAGAUCCCCAACGCGGGAUUACGGGGCAUUGUGAAUGGUACAACUAUAGGGAAGCGAGAAGCAGCCGGGACACGAGCGAUGGUCUCGUCCGGGAGAAUUGUGGUGGAUUUGACGGCGGAUUCGACCUCAGCUAGUGAAGAUGGGGGGAGUGAAGGUGGCGAUGGUGUGGCCGACGAAACUGGUGUCAGGACAACGACCUUGAACCACCCUCACAACGGCGACCGGCUGCGAUCACAACUAGCUUCACAACCCUAUGUGUCUGAGCGGCCCCAUCACCAUGCGCGGAACUCGGCUCCGCAACAUGGGAAAGCUAGUAGAGGGCCUAGUCCCUCCUCUUUAUCUGAUGCUACAGCCACAUCCGCGCCUGCGAGUAGAAGGCGGACUCCCAAUGGGUCACCAGUGGCUAAGAGCAAGUCAGGGCUGGAUGGAACACCAUCAAAGUCAAUAAUGCGAUUUUCAACACGGGACGAGAUUCGGGAUUCACAGUCGCCAACUCUCAAAAAUACGGCCCAGCACCCGACCCCGCAGUCGCAAACUUCACUUUCGCUCCAACUCUCAGAGUUCAGAGGCCACGAGACGCCGAAAUCAAUGACGCCACAAAAGGUCGACGAUUGGACAGUAGACUCCAUUGCCGACAUCCUCAGGUCCUUUGUGAAUGAGGUCAGUGAGGAUCAUGCGCAUCUCGUUCAUUUUCUGCUUGAUGAAGACGAGAGAAAUGCGCCCAAGCCUCAACACAUUAGCUCUGUGGAUGCGUUCGCCGAUAUGAAACCUCUCACGGUUGACCAUGAUGAAUCGGCUGGGAAUGAAAUAGAGACUAUGACUCUCAAAUUCAAGCAACAUAGUGGCGAGCAAGGGAAAGCCAUAAGAGCACACGGGAAACAUAUCGAUUUCCCUGUUGUGUGCAUCGCCUCAGACAGGCAAAGUGUUCCACGAUACAGGUUUCAUCAUGUUGAAAUUCGCAAAAAUAUUCUUGCGCCAAAUUCCAUGCUAAACUUUGUGCCACAUCUUCGUGAUGUUGACCCGAACUCGGCUGAGGAAAAGAGGUACGCCGAGUGGCUCAAUGAACUGGAGACUCUUGAUAAGUUGUCUGGCUUCAAAGCCCUUGGUCGGGUACAGAGGCUGGCCAAGAGAGCGCAGAAUGAAUACGCAGCUAUCUUAUCAACCUACCUGGAGCCGUGGUUGGAGAGGCUGGCCAUUGACGGCUGCACCAAAACCACUCUCAUCCGCUACAUGGCAAGCCAGCCAGAGAGUGAUGAUGCCAUCACCCCGCAACAGAGGAGCCACCUUCUUGACACAUACAACGAAGGUGCUGGGUCACCCCGUGGUUCUAGAGCAGCCAAGCUCUUCACUGAAGCUUUUGACAAAGUCUUUGGUGACCCCAAGAACCAGAGACCCAUCACCCUCAGUGAUGUCUUGAAGCUAGACAAGGCCGUGGAGCCUAUCUUGGACAACAGGAAGACCAAGAAUACGCCGAGUGCCCAAAGGCAUCAGAAUAGAGAGCUGACGCAAAAGGUUGUGGAAUCUCUGGGGAGCUACUCGGCGUUGGGCUGUCUGAUCUGUUUCAGUCAUGACUGUGAGCACGGUGAAAUCGAUGGAGAUAAUCAGAAGCGGUGCUUGUCUCUCGAUGAAAUCGGCGGUGUUGCAUCUGCUCUGCGGGCUAAGUGGAUGGCACAACUUCAAGACCACUCAAGCAAACAAUCAAGCCUUGUCUUGAAAUCAAAUCCCCAACCUUGCCGGAAUUCCUGCUAUCGCACUCACGAUACCGGGAAACCAGGUUAUGUGGAAAAGCCAUGGUCUGGAAACGAGGUCACGGUCCUUGAGCAGGUGUUUGCGACUCUGGGCUACAGCUCGUCCCUCAUGCCGCAGUGUUUUGUUGCUGCUGUGCUGAACCGGCCCUGUUGGGAUGUACAUCGCAAAUUCAGGGAGCUCAGCCUGGCACUUCCUGCUGUCCCCGAGGCUUUUGAGACCGUCAAGGGACCCAAGCCAGUUACGUGGUAUGAUCGGAGAAAGAAGCAGCUAUUGAGUGGUUGGGAAGAUGCAACUGUCACGCACGAGCAUUCGCUACGGGAAAUAUGGACGCCCUGCCAUCACGAGGGUGCGUGUACGGCUGCGAACGGCUGCCAAUGUGCAUCCAAGGGGAGACACCCCGUCCUCUGCGAGCGAUUCUGCUUAUGUACGGCAGAAACAUGUGCCCUCAAGUUUACUGGGUGUGCCUGCCAUUCGCUAGGCAAGACAUGUAUCCAACGCCAGAAAGAAGGGAAGCCGUGUAUCUGUGUUCAACUCAACCGGGAAUGCGACCCUGUCCUUUGCAAGGGAUGUGGAGCGAAGGAGAGAGCUGAUCCUGAGAACGCCUACGAUGAACAGCUUCAUUCGACGGGGUGUCAGAAUGUACCCAUGCAACGCGGCGCCACCAAGGCGGUCGUGAUAGGUUCCUCCCAGCUGGAGGGCUGUGGAUAUGGUCUCUUUGCUGCGGAGGAUAUAGCGCAGGACGAGUUUAUCAUUGAGUACACUGGCGAACUUAUUAGCCACGACGAGGGCGUUCGCCGCGAGAAUCGCCGCGGUGACGUGUUUGACGAGGAAAACAAGAUUUCAUAUCUUUUCACGCUUCUUGAGCAGGAGGGCAUAUGGGUGGACGCGGCCAUUUAUGGGAACCUCAGCCGGUACAUCAACCAUGCCAACGACACCUGCAACAUCACCCCAAAAAUCAUGUAUGUCAACCAUGAGUUCCGCAUCAAGUUCUCGGCACUUCGUGACAUCAAGGCCGGGGAGGAGUUAUUCUUUAACUACGGUGACAACUUCCCUAACUUGACCAAGAAGCUCGUAGAGUCACGAGAGAGCGGUGGGAAGGAAAAGGGCAGCGGGAAUGGCGCGCCGAAGCGCAAAGGAGGCGCUCAACGUGCUGCCCCCCGCAAAACCACAUCCAAGUCGAGCCGGCAUUUGGACUAUCGAGGCAGUGACGAUGAGUUGUUCUUUGACGAGUUACGCCGCCGGCAAGAUGAUGAAGAUGGCGUGGACUAUGGGGAGACCCCUAACAAGAAGCAACGUGGUAAACGAGGCGGAGCAAGGCCUGGUGCUGGUCGUAAGAAAAAACAAGCACAGCCGGCUGAGGAAACCGGCGAAUACCAACACGCCACCGAGAUUAGUGAUAGUCAAGGCGAGAGCGGGGCCCUAGAAGAAACUCCUUCACGACGGCGCAUCUCCAAACAUCCAUAUGCCAGCACGGCAUUUGGCGCCAAUGGCGCAGUUAGCGGCCCUGGUCAGGAACCCGUGAAGAAAAUCUCUAAGAGAGGGGGCGCACGACCUGGCGCAGGGCGCAAACCAAAGCAUCGACCUGGCACCGCUAAGACUACCAGCAGCAGCAAGAUUGGAAAGACGAGUCCCGGCAGCAGCACUACUAGUCCUAGCAACAGCAGCGAGAAAUCCAUCAACAACAUCGGAAGGCAUGGCACCGACUCCGAAGAUCACCCACUCGCCUACCGCAACCGGUUUUCUCGCCCCGGGCCCUCAACGCUCUCAAACUCCAUCUCUACCACAGCGGCGGGUAAGAAGCGCAAGGCCUCCGACUUCGAGGAGGAGGCUCAGAGCCCGUCAGGUGACGGUGACCACCACCGCGAUUUUGAGUCACAUGUUCAGUCCAACAGAAACAACAGUGCGGGGCUGUAUAGACAGAGCAUCUUUCAACCGAUCGACUCUUCUACCUCCUCCCACUCUGACCAGUCGGUGGUGAAUGGGAGAGGUGGGGGGAGAUACAACGAUGACGACAACGAAGGGGACGAGGACGAUGAUGACGACGACGACAGCGUCCGUGGGUCGAGAAAGAGGCAAAAGCCCUGGAGAUACAGGGAUGAGAAGGAGUAGGAAUUUUUCUCUUUCCCGGAAUCGAGGCCGAGGGUGACUAGGGGGCCGAGGCUGAUGAUGAAGGCGUGAGGCUGCGUGGUAAAGUCAUUUGUUGCAAGUUUACUUGGAGAAUCAUCAUGGCUCGAUGAGAGGAUAAUUAGCACUGUACGGGGGGAAAGGAGCUUGACGGAAUUGCUUGACACUAAGGGAUUCGCGGUUGAUAUUGGGGUGGGUGGAGAGGUGAUGCAUUCAACAAAGCAAGGUGGUGAAGGGGGGGUAUAGGAAGGGUGGGUGGGCCAAAUAGGAUGGUUGUGUAAAGGCUGUAUUGUAUCAACAUGGGACCAGGUAUCAAGGUAGCGGAAUAGUGACUUAGAGAAUUAGUGGGUUAGAGAGCU